CUCUGCCUCCCUCUCUCCUGCCACUCCAAGAGUGUGUGAGAGGAUGGGAGGGGUUGAGAGGGAGCAGGAGAGAGUGCGGCAUCCCUUACUGGUAGAUAAAAGUAAGGGACUUUGGUUUUGGAUCAGUGCAGGAGUGCACUCUAAGUGGAACUGGUGACAGCAUCAUCAUCAAAUCAUCAUCAUCAUCAUCAUCCCCUCACGGUCUAGGGCUUUGUACUUCUGGAAGGAGUGGCCCGACUGAGAAGCUCUGGCUGCUCUAACCCCCUUCCUUGCAUUUUAUUCCCUGUGGGCACCUCCUGGAGUCACCUCCUCCCUAGCAGCUACUGCCUGGGUAAGGGAGACUCCAAGACUUGGAUUCCUCAGCUAAGAGUGGGAAACCCGUUCGCAGCAGCCACCCACAGGGCUGAGCUUCAGGCGGCUGGCCCCUCUUUGUAGAGCAGAUUGCAACAGCGGCCUUGAGGCUCGCCACGGACCCCCUCUGUCCUGUAUCUAGAAGAGCUAGUUGCAGCAGGUCAACAGCAAAGCGGAGCAGAAACAUGUUGACGGAAAACAGCCUCCAGAGACUAUAUUUUCUGUGAAUUUUGCUGAAGGGAGACAAAUGUGCUGCAAUGGUGACAUAAAAUACUACAUCGACUGGAGAAGUUGCUGAAAAGCUGUCUUUUCUUUCUUUCUUUCUUUUAAAUGCUGCUGCUUUUGAACAAUUUGAGGCACAUAUAUUCGACAUGAGUUUUAUCAUGAAGCUUCACAGACAUUUUCAGCGGACAGUUCUUUUGCUUGCCACCUUCUGUAUGGUGAGCAUUGUCAUUUCAGCAUACUACCUGUAUACUGGCUACAAACAGGAAAAUGAACUCUCUGAAAUGUCUUCAGAAAUGGAUUGUGGGGAACUUCCAUAUGUGCCAUAUAAAUUAAUGGAUCUAAAGACCAUGAAGCCCUUUGACCCAUUAAGGACAGACCCUAUUGUUCUGGUGUUUGUGGAGAGUCAGUACUCUUCCCUGGGUCAAGACAUCAUCAUGAUUCUCGAAUCAAGUAGGUUUCAGUAUCAUAUAGAAAUUGCUCCUGGAAAAGGGGACCUCCCUGUUUUGAUUGAUAAAAAUAAAGGCAAAUAUGUUCUUAUAAUAUAUGAAAAUAUUUCCAAGUAUGUCAAUAUGGACUCUUGGAAUCGAGGCCUUUUAGAUAAAUACUGUGUAGAGUAUGGUGUGGGUGUCAUUGGAUUCUAUAAGACUAGUGACAGUAGCCUACAGAGCUCUCCACUAAAAGGUUUCCCUUUUACAGUUCAUGGAAAUCUUGCUGUGAAAGACUGUUGCAUUAACCCUCAUUCUCCAUUGCUACGGGUGACAAAAUCUUCUAAACUUGAUAGACGUUCCUUACCUGGAAGUGACUGGACAGUUUUCCAAAUCAAUCAUUCGGCAUAUCAACCAGUGAUAUUUGCCAAAGUCAAAGCCCCUGAAAACUUUUCUCCCCCCAUUUCCAAAGGUAUUCUCUAUGCCACCAUCAUACAUGACCUAGGGCUUCAUGAUGGGAUUCAACGGGUUUUUUUUGGCAACAACUUGAACUUUUGGCUGCACAAGCUCAUCUUCAUAGAUGCCAUCUCCUUCUUGUCAGGGAAGAAACUCACAUUAUCCUUGGACAGGUAUAUUCUUGUGGACAUUGACGACAUCUUUGUGGGGAAGGAGGGGACAAGAAUGAAUACCAAUGAUGUUAAGGCCCUGCUUGAUACUCAAAAUCUUUUGAGAGCUCAAAUCACAAAUUUUACUUUCAACCUGGGAUUUUCAGGGAAGUUUUAUCAUACAGGAACUGAAGCAGAAGAUGAAGGGGAUGACCUCUUGCUGGGGUCGGUGGAUGAGUUCUGGUGGUUUCCUCAUAUGUGGAGUCACAUGCAGCCCCAUCUCUUCCACAAUGAGUCAUCUCUGGUGGAGCAGAUGAUUCUUAACAAAAAAUUUGCCUUAGAGCAUGGCAUUCCUACUGACAUGGGCUAUGCAGUGGCCCCUCAUCACUCUGGGGUCUACCCUGUCCACGUUCAACUUUAUGAGGCUUGGAAGAAAGUCUGGAAUAUUAAAAUCACGAGCACUGAGGAAUAUCCACAUCUGAAACCAGCACGCUACCGCCGCGGCUUCAUCCAUAAAAACAUCAUGGUUCUUCCUCGACAAACUUGUGGUCUUUUCACACACACAAUUUUCUACAAAGAAUAUCCAGGAGGCCCUAAAGAACUGGACAAGAGUAUACAGGGAGGAGAACUUUUCUUUACCCUUAUCCUCAAUCCAAUCAGCAUCUUUAUGACCCAUUUGUCCAACUAUGGGAAUGACCGCCUGGGGUUAUAUACGUUUGUGAACCUGGCUAACUUUGUACAAAGCUGGACUAACCUGAGACUGCAGACUCUGCCUCCAGUGCAGCUGGCUCACAAGUACUUUGAGCUCUUCCCAGAGCAGAAAGAUCCUCUCUGGCAGAAUCCCUGUGAUGACAAACGCCACAGAGAUAUCUGGUCUAAAGAAAAAACCUGUGAUCGAUUACCAAAAUUCUUGGUAAUUGGACCUCAGAAAACUGGUACCACAGCUUUGUAUUUGUUCCUGGUUAUGCAUCCUUCCAUCAUUAGUAACUCCCCCAGCCCAAAAACCUUUGAGGAGGUACAGUUCUUUAAUAGAAAUAACUACCACAGGGGGAUUGAUUGGUACAUGGAUUUCUUCCCAGUGCCUUCUAAUGUAACUACUGACUUUCUAUUUGAGAAAAGCGCCAAUUAUUUCCAUUCAGAGGAAGCUCCCAAGCGAGCAGCAUCUCUGGUCCCCAAGGCCAAGAUCAUCACCAUUCUCAUUGACCCCUCAGACCGAGCAUAUUCCUGGUACCAGCAUCAGCGAUCACAUGAAGAUCCCGCAGCUCUGAAAUUCAGCUUUUACCAGGUGAUCACAGCUGGUCCCCGAGCUCCCUCGGAGCUGAGAGUGUUACAAAAGAGAUGCCUGAUACCUGGCUGGUAUUCUACUCAUAUAGAAAGAUGGUUAACUUAUUUCCCCCCAUUUCAGUUACUUAUUAUUGAUGGGCAGCAGUUAAGAACUGACCCUGCUACUGUCAUGGAUGAUGUACAGAAGUUCCUGGGAGUCUCUUCUCACUAUAAUUAUUCAGAAGCUUUAACAUUUGAUUCUCACAAAGGUUUCUGGUGUCAGUUAUUGGAAGAAGGUAAAACCAAAUGCCUUGGGAAGAGUAAAGGGAGGAAGUACCCCCCAAUGGAUUCUGAGUGUAGAACAUUUCUGUCAAAUUACUAUCGUGAUCACAAUGUGGAACUAUCCAAGCUGUUACACAAACUGGGACAACCCCUGCCAGCCUGGCUAAGACAGGAGUUACAGAAAGUAAGAUAGCAUCAAGAGAAAAUUCCCCUGAAAAUAUUCCUCUCAUGCAUCAUCCACCUUUCCUAAAGCCUCCAGAAGCUACCAAAAGGCUGUUGUAACAUAUACCUCUUCAAAGAGAAGAAAGAAUGAAGUUCUUCUUUCCAUGUGCUGGCAUGUGGACUAUAAAAAUCUGUGUCUCUUCCAACUCUUGAGGCCUAUGGCCUUUCUUUUACCCCAUUUUUGGGCCUGUGGAAUUGUUAUAGACUACUGUGCACUCAUGGGGAAGUCAAUUCCAACUGAUAUGAACAUCCAAAGCAAAGCUGCAGAAUGGUCCAAUUUCAUAUUAACUAUUUACACUUUUAUAUAUCAACUAAAAGUAUUGUGACUUGUAGAUUUUUUAGCCCAUUGUUUGCCUGCUCACUCUUUUCUUACUAUUUGAUGAUAAAGUGUCUUAUAAAACAAGAGAGAAAGAAACUUCACAUAAUAAGAUAAGAAUGGCAAAUGCCUACCACGUUUGGUAAAUGCUGACCAAAUUUUAAACCCAGUGAUGUCUUGAAAGAAUUGAGAAUGUUGAUUUGAGCUGUAUCAGGGAGUAGAAGCAUUAACCAUAUUGUCUUAUCUACAUCACAAAGAAAUACCUAAAUGCUACAACAAAAGAGAAAAAGAAAGAGAGAAAGAUAAAAGGAAGGAAAGAAGAGAGAGAGAGAGAGAGAGAGAGAGAGAGAGAGAGAAAGAAAAGAAAGAAAGAAAGAAAGAAAGAAAGAAAGAAAGAAAGAAAGAAAGAAAGAAAGAAAGAAAGAAAGAAAGAAAGAAAGAAAGAGCUGUAUACUUGAUUCAAUCUUGAUUUAAUCUGGUCAGUUUUAACUCACCUAUUUUUUACAUUUGUAAAUUUUGCACUGAACAAGACAGUAGAAUAGUAUCAAUGAAUAUUUGAUUGUAACCAGCUUAGUAAGUUGUUAUUCAAAGUUGAAUGAUUCUUCUAAAGAGGGCUAAACUUCUGUAACUAUAUACUGUAUCACAGCAAUAUUCAUAUCCCCAGAGUGCUGUGAACUACAAAUCCUACUCAGAUGGUCUUCAUUUGUUCAACACUUCUCAUCCCAUAUAUCACAUCUAUAAUAUAUGUCAUUUAUAGCACUAAACUGAUACAUAUUUUCAUACUUGUUUAUAUUCUCCAUUACCAAACCUAUUAGAGCCAAAGAUAGGGAUAUUUCCCUACAAAGAAAUAACUUUUAGUUGCUUAAAUGAAAAUUAUAAACUGAAAAGAUUUUGGAGAGUUCAAGGUGAAACCUUGUGAUUCACAGUUUAUAAGUAAAUCCAGAUAGAAAAUACACAUGAACAAUGUGAAAUGUAUGAUCAUAUUUUUAAUAUAAGGCAUGGGGCAAAGGAAAUUUUUGCCAAGACUUUGGUGUAUUCUUUUGAAAGUUCCAUAGAAGACAAUCUAACCCAAUGGAGUUAAAUUAUAUUUUUUAAUUGUACAGAUGACCAAUUAAAUAUCAAACCAGAAAUCAACAAGCUAUCAUCUUUAUUACCCAGUGUUAAUCAUUUUAUCACAUCAUAUAUAGCUAUACAUAUAUGGCAAAGACAAAGUGAGAAGGGUGGGUAACACAAAUUAGAUGCAUAAUAUUUAAUAAAAUAGUUUUAGGUCUAUGAUGACAAACUGAUAUCAAGCAAUACAAAGUGAUUUAAUCACAUCAUACCAGCUGUUUAUAAACUUCUGAGAUCAAAAGGAAAAGCAAUGUUGCUUAGCAGAUGAAUCUUGGAGUCAGUAAGAGCUGGGCUCUUAAUUCCUUUCUCUGACUCAUACUAGCUGUAUGUCUAUAUAUUUACAUCGUAGAUAUAUAAAAUCUUUUGGUACCCCCCAGGGAACUCUGUAAGAUUAUCAAUUGUGAAGGAAUUGCUAAUCUAAAUUGCUUUGGGGAGUUUCCACCCUGGGAGUUCCCUACACCAAUAAAAAUAUUCCAAAAAAGUGAUUGAGGAAAUGUUGCUUAUUAAAUAAGAACACUGAUUAAGAAUACAUCCAUUAUUUGUCCUUCUUAUUGACUUUUAACAUAAAAGAAUCAAAAGCUUUGAUUAUUGGGGCAGCUCAGAGAAGGUACCCUAAAAAUGUAAUCACUCACAUAAUAUGUGUUUAUAGAUCUAGUUAGUUAUUCUCAAAUUAGUAAGUAGAUUGUAAGAUCCUUGUAUUUAUGUUGCCCCAAAAGAAAAUAUAUUCUGCCUCAAAGAUGUUAAUAAAAUAAUACACUUUGGACAACAUAAAACAUUCCCAUGAUAUAACAGUUGCCACAAUCUAUAAUGCUGAAAGCAAUAAAACAAAUAAUUGGUCAGAAAACCAAAAAUAAAAUCAUUAUUUUUUGAAAACCUUUAAUAAAAAUAUUUGUCAUGCAUUUCAAUCAAAAUUUCAGAAGGACUAUAAUUUUGACUGUAAAGCUAUGUCUUUGAAGUAGCUUUGGUCUCAUAUAUUGCUGGCAGUUACUCAUUUUUGUUUUUCCUUGAAUUUAAGAAAUUACCAGUGACUUGCAGAUGAAGUUGACUAAAAAGGAAUACAUAUGUAAUAUGCAUACAAACAUGCACACAAAUAUAAAUACAUACAUGGGAAUGUGCUUUAAGGCUAUUCAGUGAAUUAUAAUCUCAGUUUAGCAUCAGAAUUUAAAAUAAGUAAAAAUAAUUUAUUUCUGCAACACUUAAACUCUCCUCUCUAGACUUACAACUUUAAAAAAAAGUAUUAUCUAUGAAGAUUUUUUAAGUGUUUUGAAAAAUGUAGAUGCCAGGCAUACUCGCACACACUGGUUGUUUCCACUAUCAAGGAGAGAGUAAGGUUGGCUGAACUCUUGAGUUUGGAUUUAGGCGGUUCAGAAGGACUAGCACCAAUUGUGAAUUUAUGAUAAGUCCUGUUCCAAUAUGGUGAGACCUGAAAAUCAGGUAGCUUAAAGAAGGUUAAACUUGCCUAGAAUGAAAAUCCUAUGGAAAUUAAAACAGGACUGCUCCUCUGAGUAGUCCCUGCACUUCUGGUCUAGGUAGGAUGGGGAGACCAAUAGUUUACAGUCUUCUAAUCCAGCCUAGGUGGGAUAUAUUUACUCAGCUGACCACCCUUUGAUGAUAUGUUAUGACGGUCUCAUAGACAGUAAUAGGGAUGCUGCUAAUCAAUAACAAUAACAAAAAUCAGGAUGAAUUCAUUUAAAUACAUAUAAAAUACACACACAGAGGAAAAAUAAUAAUUUAUCAUUAUGCUUACUGAUUGCUCAGUAUGACUUGAACAAAAGUACAGAGUCCCUGAAGGACAUGCAUACUUUAAGCAUCACAUAGAGCAGCUGGAUAUGUAAUUCUGAAAUAACUUCAAUACACAUGAGAAAAGGAUUAGUUGAAGUGAUUCACAAAUUAGCUUUGUACAGAAUCCCCUUUUUCAUUACUUAAAAUAUGAAACUUCCUCAGGAAGAAAUGAAAUAGUUAUUUCAAUGUUUAUAGCUGUAAUAUUCUUGUCAUUCACAUUGAAUGAAAAUCACUGGAAACAUUUUUUCUCUAAGUUUUUUUUUAAAUAAAAAACCUGGAUAUUAUUCUGAUAGUGGCAUGAUAUUUGCUAUGUACAACAAUAAACUCUGAUAAUAAAAUAUGUUAUGUGGUCUCCUGAAUUCAUGUUAAUAAAAUAUAUUUUCUAUUUUUCCUUUUUAAAAAA